CAAAAAAGACCAUCUGUUGAAAUGAAUGUCUGAAUCUGUUUUUAAAUUUCUUACUCCUGGCCGUGUACUCACAGAUGGUGUCAAAAUAAAAGAUUUCUCUUGUCGCUGUGAGAUUAAUUUCUUCAUGUGUACACUUGAUUAGUACACUUGUGGCAAGGCAUGGGGAAUGUGAGUUUAUUUAUAGAAGUCACGUGUUCAUAGUUGAUAUUGUUGCGUUAGGAUUGUGGGAGACCGACGAUUCAUCUCGCGUGAGACAACAGGCGGUAGGAGACCUGCACGACUUGUCUAGCUGUCGUCUGCUGGCGUUCUUAGUGGAUGCUUUAGUCAGUGGAUGCUUUAGUCAGUGGAUACUUUAGUCAGUGGAUUCUGUAGCCAGUGGUUGCUUUAGUGGAUAAUUCGGUCAGUGGAUACUUUACUCGGUCGAUACUUCGGUCAGUGGAUACUUUACUGAGUGGAUAAUUCGUUCAGUGGAUACUUUACUCGGUGGAUAAUUUAUUCUAGUGUCUGUUUUGUAAAUUCGACAACUUUCAUGUGGAUGUGGAUGUAGAAUUUCUUGACAUCGGAUUUCUAACGUGUCUACAUCAAGUGAAGUGCUCACUGACUACAAAAAGUGAUUAGGUUUAAUUUUUUACGUUAGUGUCCGGUUGAUAUGACGUCAGUCUCGAGUUGAUGUGACGUCAUUGUCUCCCGCUGCUGUGACGUCAUGGAGAACGGCGCCCCGAGCCCCGUCAAGCCCAAGAGGAGCGCCUCCAGGCGCCAGGUGCCAGACGCCCUCAGCCAGGUGCCAGACGCCCUCAACGACUCGGGAUUCACGCACGAGAGUUCCAGCAGCUCCCCCGCCACCUCCCCCCUGGGCAGCACCCCAGGGGUCGUCAUACCUGCCACCCCCGGGCUCAAGCGCCGCCUGACCAAGCGGGUCGUGUACACGCCCGCCAAAUACAAGGAUGAAGACGAGUACAUCGGGUUCGCCACCCUACCGGAGCAAGUCCACAGGAAGGCGGUGAGGAAAGGGUUCGACUUCACACUCAUGGUUGUAGGAGAGUCAGGUCUGGGUAAAUCAACGCUCAUCAACAGUCUAUUUUUGUCUGAGCUGUAUAAGGACAGGGAGCUUCCAAGUGUCAAUGAUCUGAUAGAGAGGACGGUGACGAUCGAGAAAAAACAGCUGGAGAUAGAAGAGAAGGGGGUCAGGUUGAAGCUGACCAUCGUUGACACCCCGGGAUUUAACGACUGUGUCAACGCCUCCAACAGCCACAAAUCUCUGAUAGAAUAUGUUGACCAACAGUUCAAGCAGUACUUUGAGGAUGAGUCUGGCCUCAACAGACGUAACAUCAUAGACAACAGGGUCCAUUGUUGUCUGUAUUUUAUUUCCCCGUACGGCCAUGGUUUGAGACAGAUAGAUAUAGAGACCAUGAAGAAACUCCACAACAAGGUCAACAUAGUCCCCCUGCUAGCCAAGGCUGAUAUCCUAACCAAGGAAGAACUCAAGAUAAUGAAACAAAGGAUAAUUGAUGAAAUAGAAGAAAACCACAUUCGCAUUUAUGAAUUCCCAGAUUGUGACAGUGAUGAGGACGAAGAUUUCAAACAACAAGAUCGCGAGUUGAAGGCGUCCAUUCCAUUUGCUGUUGUUGGGUGUAACACGGUGGUCGAGGCCGGUGGCAAGAAGAUCCGAGGCAGGGCUUACCCCUGGGGGAUUGUAGAAGUUGACAAUCCAAGCCAUUGUGACUUUGUUCGUCUACGUCAGAUGUUAAUCAGCACCCAUAUGCAGGAUUUGAAAGACGUCACCUCAGAUGUUCACUAUGAGAAUUACAGAGCCAUGCACAUACGGACGCAGAUGGGGGUGGCACAGAAGGAAAGAGGUAAGCUCAAGAGGGACUCUGCUCCAAACUUUGAAUCCAUUUCUGACACAGAAAAACUUUUGGAACAGAAAGAUGCCGAAAUUCAAAGAAUGCAGCAGAUGCUAGCCAAGAUGCAGGAACAGCUGAAGAUAGGUUCCCCCCAGGCGCAGCACGUCAACGGUCUAGGUAAAUUAUGAUAGGCCACAGCCAUGUUACUUAACACCUCGGGUCCAGUGGCCACUGGAACCUAACUCAGUGGACGUUUUCUAUUGCAAUGUCAUUGGUGUACUUGUAUCAUUCAUAUACACGGAUUGUUAUUUUCAAAGAUCAUUUGUCUGCGCUCUAACUAUCCACUUAGUUUAAAAACAUGGAACAUUUAAAAUAAUUCAGAAUCCAUAUUGUUUUCUUUGCAAUUUAUUAAAAAUAGCGCAGCAAAUUUUUUAAUUAACAUGUAGCACUUUUGUAUUUAAAAAUUGAAUGCAAAUCUACAUUUGUAUGAAAAUGGUUACCUCUAAGAAACAUGAAAAUAAAAGACGGUGGCCGAAGUUGUGACUGAAACUCAAUUACAACAUGGAGCAGUGACCCUGCCCCGCUGCAUAAUACUUAACCCAACAUGAGUGCAAGUUCAAGGUUACCAAGUGUUAAAACUGAUGUCUUAAAAGUUUGUAAAUAUCUGUAUCUCACAAAUGGCUUGGAAAAGCGUGUUUUAAUUGAUUAUUAUUAUAAAGGGCAAAAAAAAUUCAAAUUAGUUUUAAAAUGUAUUUUAUUGGUAACUAUAUAUCUGUAAUUGGUGUUUCUCACAAAGUAAUAUGACAGGAGUAAAAUAUUUCAUUGAUUAGAACUUUACAUUGAAGUAAAAUUGGCCUGGAUAUAUUUGGGUUGUGCACGUGUUAUAAUGGACCACAACAACAACCCAAGUCGCAGCUCUAUUCCUUCUGUGUGUUCUUUUAUCCCGAUCACAUACAAUUUAUUUUUGUGCCAUUUGGGAAACAUAUACUCCUACUUAUCAUUUAAACUCCAGGUAAUUUCUUGGGCUAAUUAUUUCUUUAGAAAUAUUGCUUAGCUCUCUGUACAGAAAUUUUUUUAAUACCAUCAAUGUUGUUGUCUGUACUUGUGUGAGAUUUAUUUGUAUUGUUUAAUUCAUCUUUUACUGUUACAUAUAAUUGUUAAAAUAUAUUAACUGACCAAUAUAUAUACCAUAAUUUGUACAUAAUUGUUGUGAAUUAGAUGGCAAUUUCUUUACAUAAUGCACAAGACUUUAGUUUUGUUAAAUAUCAUUAGUCACUGAUCAGCAAAAUUUCUAGACAGUCCCGGUUAACUUUUGGUACGGGCUGUUUCAAGAGAUCACAUGAUGCUAGAACCAGAAUUGUCCUCAAUAACCAUAGUAAGUUGUAACUAGCAGUCUAUGAAUUUUGGUAAUAAACCAUUUGUUUGUCA